GAGCAGGAGUUAUACGCUCACAAUCACACAGAGGAAGAGCAGAGUUUUAAUUUCAGCAGUAUGGCUCUGCGGGACGAACUGUUAAAGUCCAUCUGGCACGCGUUCACAGCUCUAGAUGUGGACAAAAGCGGAAAAGUCUCCAAAUCUCAGUUGAAGGUGCUGUCCCACAAUUUGUGUACAGUGAUGAAGAUCCCGCAUGACCCCGUAGCGCUUGAGGAGCACUUUAAAGACGACGACGAGGGUCCCGUCUCCAACCAGGGAUACAUGCCGUACCUGAACAAGUUCAUCCUAGAUAAGGUGACAGGCAACUUUGACCGGCAGGACUUCAACAAAAUGUGCUGGACGUUGAGCUCGAGGAAAAACCUCGAUCAAAGCCAACUGCUCAUCUCCAACGACGACGCCUUCAAAGUCUGGUGCAUCUUCAACUUCCUGUCUGAGGACAGAUACCCGCUCACCAUCGUCACUGAGGAGAUUGAGUACUUUCUGCGUAAACUGACUGAGGCGAUGGGGGGCAGUUGGGUGGAGGAGCGUUUUGAGGACUACAAGCUGCAGCUGAACUCGAAGCAGCAGAGUCUGAAUGCCUGGGAGCUCAUCCGCCUGGUGGGCUCGGGCCACUUCAGUAAGGGCAUGGACCGCCAGACGCUCUCCAUGGGCAUCAACGAGGUCUACCAGGAGCUCAUCAUGGAUGUGCUCAAACAGGGCUACAUGAUGAAGAAAGGUCACAAGAGGAAGAACUGGACGGAGCGCUGGUUCAUGCUGAAGCCAAACUCCAUCUCCUACUAUGUCGGCGAGGACCUGGCAGAAAAGAAAGGAGAUAUCUUACUGGAUGGAAACUGCAGUGUGGAGCCUCUACAAGAUAAAGAAGGAAAGAAGUGUCUCUUCCUCAUCAAGUCGUCACAUAAAAGCUUUGAAAUCAGUGCGUCGGACAAGAAGAAGAAGCAGGAGUGGAUCCAGGCCAUUCAGACCUGUGUCAGCUUGCUGCGUCAGGGUCGUCCAGCGCCGCACCGCGAGGCUCGACAGAAGCGGAGGGAGAUGCGACUGAAACAGCAGGCCGAGCAGGAAGAGCUGGAGCUGAGGAUGAGUGAGCUGCAGACGGCUAAUGAGGCUAAACAGCUUGAACUGGAGAACAUGAGGAAGGCUCUGGAGGAGGCAGCAGCUAAUGCAGCAGAAGAAGAACGAAGGCGACUUCAGACCCAGACUGAACUCCAGGACCGCUAUAGGACGGACCUAGAGAGAGAGAAAAUGGUACGGCAGCAGAUGGAGGAGCAGGUGGCCCAGAAGUCCACUGAGCUGGAGCAGUACCUGCAGCGUGUUCGGGAGCUGGAAGACAUGUACCGUCAACUGGAAGAUGCUCUGGAGGACGAGAGGCGGGCCAGACAGGACGAGGAGGCCGUCAGGAGGCUGCAGGCACGGUUACUGGAGGAGGAGGCUGCGAAGAGGGCAGAGUUGGAGGAGUUCCACCUGCAGCAGCAGCGCGCCAUCUCAGAGACGGAGGCUGAGAAAAAGGAGCUGGAGAAGGAACGUCUGGCCAAGGAGAGUGCCCUGCAGUCAGCAAUGAAACAGUUGGAGCAGCUGGAGCAGGAGAGGCAGGGGGCACUGGAGCAGUACCAGACGGUGAUAAAGAAGCUGGAGGACGCAACCAACAACACCAAGUCCUGGAAGCACAAGGUGGCUGAACAUGAGGGCAUGUUACGGCUCAUUCAACCAGGCUCCAAGGGACAGCAGAUGAUCACCAACUGGGGUCCAGCCGCCUUUUCUGAUGCAGAGCUCAGUCUGAGGCAGAAGAAAUGGCAAGAGAUGAAGAACCAGACGACCCAGGCCCAGUAAAUACGUAAGACCUAAACCUUAAUAAACAUGUCUUCAACUCAGAGGAGACAGCGAGAAAGGACUGCUGGGACAUAAUAUCUUUGAUGCAACAUAUCUAAGUAGUGACUGGUAAGAGUUUGGUCUGGUAACUGGAUUUUCAGUGUCCAAAAAAGGGCAUUUUAUGAUUAGGGACUACCAUAGAUUAAAAGGAGCAAAAGAGAAGUCUAAUUAUCAUUAAAGAGAAUUAAGUUCAUUAAUUCUAACAGGGAUGCAACAAAAAUACUGAGUAAAGACAUGAUAAUAGUAGGAAAAAUGAUGGAAUAAUAGCUUUGUUGUCAGAUGUAAUGAUUAACCUGUCAGUUAACUGGUCUUGUAAAACUGAGCAGCUAAAACAUAGAAUGGUAUGGUGUGUUUAAAGUCCAAUUAGGGAGUUUUAUUUCAAAAAUGGUGUGCAGGAUGAAAAAUGUAUUAUGGAAGUAAAAGAGCACAGCAAAAUUAGGUCAUUGGGGCGGCCUCUAGCUCACCUGCUAGAGUGUGCGCCCGUAUGGUGAGGCAUUUGCAGCGGCCCGGGUUCGAUUCUGGUAUGUGGCCCUUUCCUGCAAGUCAUUCCCUCUCUCUCUCCCACAUUUCUACAGCUGCCCUGUCAAUAAAGGGUAAAAUCCCCCCCCAAAAAAAAAUUUAGUCAUUGACACACCACACAUAAAGUAUAAAUCAGUCAUUUGUGCUUCUGAGCAGGCCGUCUAAAAAUGUUUCCAUAAUAUAAGAUUGAUCCCACAUUUACCCAGUGCUUAUGAAACACCAGUCUUAGCAUAACUACGUGCUGAAACUGGAUGCAUUUAUAAACACAAAUUUAUCUACAUCUGUGCUCCUGUAGGACCAGCAGUCACGCAUUAUUGAAACUAUCGGUCUCUUUUAAACGACUGUGAUGGUACUUCACCUUCUAUUAACAGCAGACACUGUCAAUUAUGUAAGAGCUGACCAAAGCUAAAAUUACGGCUCAGAGCGUACUCUGGGCACAGACAAAGCAGCAGAACAUCAGGCGGAGGUAAUGAAAAACUUACUCAUAGCUCUGGGUCUAAAAGUUUUCUUGCAUUCGCCUAUGCAGCAGCUGCCUCUCUCGCCCGCGAUCCAUCCUGCUACUCAAACUGCCAUGGAAGAAAAAAAAAAAAAAAAGAACUCUGAGUUCAGCCUGCGAUGCAUUUAUGGAUCUGCAAAAAUGUCACAAUUUUGAGAGGGCACUGAGAAUGAUACAUUGAAAAAAAAUGUAAAAAGAGACACACGAGAUUUACCAAAAAAAAAACCAAAACAAUCGAUUAACCCCUGAGAACACUUUUGAUCGGUUACGCCUGUUGGUCUUUGGGCUCAUUUUGCUACUCUUUCCUUUACUGCACUACAUACCAACCAGGUGGUGGGAACUAUUUACCUAGUGGCAUCACUCAUUUGGCAUUUACUGGUAAUAACACCUUGCUGACCCAACUGCUUUGCUAUGGAAACAUUAUGUCUCGGUGAGUAAGCGGAUAAACAUUGAUCUGAAAAACCCCCUUUAGCAUUGUUGUUUGUUAUGUUAACAUUGUUGGCAGUGUCAGCACAGCUCCUGGUGCUAACAUAGUUAACAAUGCUUAAGGGGGUGCAGCUCAAAAUGAGGCAGCUUAUUCACCAUGGCUACCUGAAGGGGAGACAAGAGAGUGGCUCCCAUAUUUCUGCAUUAACACUGUAAUGUAAUCUCCAAUUGAGCGGCACCACUAGCUAGCUCUCACCCCACCCAAGUGGUGUGCAGCGCAGAGCGGCCAAGGCUAAUCUCGGCCAGCCAGUGGAGACCGGAGGAUUGUCAGUGUGCACUAUGCAGCUGGUCAGCUGUCUGUCAGCGAAGCCCAUAGAAAAUAAAAUCAAAGGCAAAACAUUUACAAAAAAUAAAAUAAAAUAAAAUAAAGUUUCACCACCUCUGAAUGGAUAACACUUUGAAAUGUGGAGCUAAAGCUCAUUGAAUAAAAAGGCCUCUUCUAUUCCACUUUGCCCUAAUUUAUGUCUAUAAAAUGCACUACUUUUAACCAGAGUCUGACGUGUCCAACGUAAAUCACUUGAGAAUGUUUUAGGGUCACUUGUUGCGAAGUUAAGCGAUGCUGAACUGCAUCAGUGAAGUCGUGAUAUAGAUAAAAAGGCAUGACCUACUGAAACUGCUACAAACCCUGCUCUGUUUCUUGUGUCCAUUUUCCUCUCAAGUCUUUGGGACCAUUUUUACAUGGAAAUAAGGGAUUUUUGUACAUAUUUUAAGAAUUGUUUCUGUUUUUGUUCUCCUACUAAAGUUAUGCUGCAUUAGGGCAGCAUCAGUAGCAGCUGAGGAUGACGUAUUUAAUGUAAAGUCAAUAAUGUUUAACAAAGUUGUCUUCUUAAAGAACAGCCUGAAUUUAAAUACCAUGUACAAUUCACUAAAACAUUUUCUCAUUAUCAUCAAAGUGCUUUUUCCUCCAGUUUGUCUGACCUAGAUUUAUAUCUGUCUAAUGUACUGCCUUUAAACAUUUCCUGCUUGUAAACACUGUCAGAAAUAGGGCAUUGAGCCAAAGUCUCAGUCUGAUCAAGAAUGCUAACUGCACAACAGUUUUACUGUGUUGUUGUCGUACUGUAACCAUCAGUGCCUUUGAUACUCUCAUGCGUGAACACUGUGCUUUCUAUUUUAUGUUUUUAUAUAUAUAUGUGUAAAAAGCAGAAGACUGAACUAUUGAAUAAAACAAAUCUUAAAUAA